AUGGCAUUCAACGGGCUACCUUCAUUCAAUACAAUAAUAUCCAAAUCAACACCAACCACAUCCACCACCAAUGAAAAUACAACUUCAUGUACACCGCCAUCAACAACCAGUAGUGCAACCACUACCACACCAGCAAAUGCUAUUGUUACAACCGGUACAGGUAAUAUUGGCGGAUCUGAGUCUCCCCAAUUUACAUCCCCAACAUCUGCAUCAGUUCCGAAAUCUCCGUUCUUAAAAGGAAUAUUCAUGAAGGGUAGCAUUGGCGAGAGUACCACUUCGGCAUCGAAUGGUCAAUCAGUUACUGCUGCCAGUGUAGCUGCACCCGUGGUUGGAGUCACUUUAGGUGAUGAGACUGGUUUAUCUAAUAGCAAUCAGAAAAAGAGUACUUCUAGGACUGAUUUAAUUGGAUUGUUUGAUAAAUUUGAUCUUAGUGCUAACAACAAUAAGUCUGAUGGAAAUGAUAUGGGUGAUGACCAAGCUGAAGCCAUCGACCAGGAAGACGAAUUGAGGGACAUCAAGAGCCCUACGCAGAUGAAAGAGGAAUCGUCUCAUCAGCAUGUAUGUGAGAAAGAUAAAGAUAAGGAAAAGGAGCAUAUUGAAAAGGAAAAAGAGGAUGAUGAUACUAUUGAUUCAGAAAUUACUGAACCAGACCAACAACCUCAAACUAAAGAGAAGAACAGUGCCGCAUUUAUGUCCAUACAGCCAUAUUUUCCUCCGGAGGAAGAGAAUGCCAGUACGGCUACUCCUUCCUUAAAUGGAAGUGAUAUUCAACUUAACCAACAAAGAGAGCCAGAAGAAGAAGAGAGACCCAAAAAGGAAAUAGAUCACAGUGAAAAUCUAAUAGAUAUAUCUGAUGAUGACGAGAAUGGCGUGGCCAAUAAUGAAAAACAACCCCAGGUAGAUGUGACACAUUCUCCUGCACCAGAAAUUAUUACCUCCGAUACCAUUAGCACAAAAGCCUCUGGAAGUGAUGAAGGCAUAUUGGAUAUUACUGGUGAUGAAGAUGACGAAUCCGGAGUUGAAGAAUUUCAAUUAAAACAAGAUGAGCAGGUCCAACAAGAUAUUCCCCAUUCAGAACUUGAGAGUCCCACCCACUUGACUAAAUUAGAUAAAGCUAAAUCACAUGUCAGUCCCUCUGAACAAUACCAACAAUCGCAUCGACCAUUUGAUUUCCAUAAUUUCUUAUCCCAAUUACGUAAAAAAAGUGCCGAUCCGGUGGUUAGAUAUAUUCGAUCAUUUUUGGGAUCAUAUUCCCGUCAAGGACAUACAUUUUCAGCAACGCAACGAAUUAAAAUCAUAAUUGAUUUCAAGCGAUUUAUGAAUGAGAAAUUCUCUAUAUAUGAACCAUUUGCAUCUAUGGAUAAUAUUGACUUGGAGAAUUCUCGUGAAGGAUUAGAAAAAUUGAUUAUGAAUCGAUUAUAUGUUUUAUGUUUCCCGCCUGAGGUACUAAAACUGUCAAUUACGCAUAUGCCUGAAUCAUAUCGACAAGAUUUGAUCCAGGAUGAAGAAUUUGGAUUACAACUUGAGAAAUUUAGUUGGAUAAAUGGUUCACAUUUAGAUAUAGAUAUGGAUGCAUUUUUAGUUACUAAGAAUAUUAAGGAAGAUCAAAAUUUUUUGGAUUAUGCCACUAGUGAAUUAAAUAAGAUUAAUAAUUAUCGUGCUCCAAGAGAUAAGAUUAUUUGUAUUUUGAAUUGUUGUAAAAUAAUCUUUAGUUAUUUGAAAAUCACUAAUAAGGAAACCAAUGCCGAUGCAUUUGUACCAUUACUUAUAUUGGUUAUAUUUAAAGCCAAGACGCCGAAUUUGAUAAGUAAUAUUCAUUAUAUUGAAAGUUUUAGGGGAGAAGAAUGGCUUUCACAUGGAGAAACCAGUUAUUAUCUUUCAUCUAUCCAAGGAGCAAUUGGAUUUAUUCAGAAUUUAAAUAUUGGUGAUUUAACAAUCUCCGAAUCAGAAUAUGACGCACAUAUGGAAGCAUGGGAAGCUCAACGAAAACAAAUUGAACUACAGCAACAAGAACAGCAACAACGACAACAACAAAUAAAUGACAACUCUUUGUUAUUACAUCCUCAAGCCCAACCUAUAUUUGCAAAGACGAAUUCUAUGAGACAAGCACCUUCAGGUGAAUUUCAAUCAGGAUUAUCUCCUUCGAGUGUAUUACUUUCCAGUGCAGAAAUCUUCACAAAAUCAAUCUCGAAUCUAUGGACCUCUCCCCUGCCCCAACCCCAACAACAAGAAGAAGAAGAAUCCGAUGCGGAAGCUCUCCAUCAACAAGCAGAAGAGGUUCCUAAUCCAAAUGAACAAUAUCAACCAGCCGCUCCAGCUGAAGAUGAAAUUGAUCAAGAAUUAUUGAAAUCAACAUAUAAAACCCUUAAAGAGAUCUUUCCAACUUUGGAUAAGAAUAUUUUGAAGGAUGUGAUAUUUAUUAACAGGGGGAAUGUUGAUACUUCUAUUGAUGCCUGUUUGCAAUUGGUUGAAGAUGAUUGA